UAUGUAUUUACACAUCGACAUUUUGCAUUUGUAAAACGCAAGUUUUCAACGUUCAUAAUUGAUAAUCAAUAAGUUGGACUGUGUUCCGUGCAGCUAAGAAGACAGAAAACAGGUUUGUUCAAAUCCAGUAUUGACUGACUAUUAUGCUGCAAGAUGUCUGAAGGGAAGGGUCUUAAGAUAUUUAUAGGUGUAAUAGUGAUUGGUAUUAUAGCAGCUAUUGUUGCACUUGUGGCCUCGUCUCUCAAGCGCUUGGACACAUACGAAGUUGGUUUGAAGUAUGAUACAAUAGCUAGAAGUUUGGAGGAUUCAGCUACAAAUGAAGGACUUCAUCUGGGGCCUCCAGGAUUUGAGUUCAUUAUAUUUCCAAGUGUUUAUAAGACGAUUUCUUUCAGCAAUCUAAUCUGUCUAAAUAAAGAUGGCGUUGAGAUCACUCUAGAUGUAGCCUACCAGUACCAGGCUCAAGCAAACCACCUGAAGUCUAUCAUCACUCAAUUCAAGGAUCAUGACACCUACCUCAUUGUUCUUUAUUCAGUUGGAACUGCAUCAUUACAUGAGACAUGCAGUUUGUUCAACACAUCACAGCUACAGUCUGAGCGAGGUCUAUUCCAAGAAACUGUACGAGUAACACUGCAAGAAAGAUAUGCUGAAUUGCAUGCUGAUGUCACUGAUUUACAAGUUAAUAACAUUGCACGACCAUCUACCUAUGAGGAAGCAGUUAGAUCUAAGGAGGCAGCUAGGGAAAAUAUUGAGGUUGCAAGGAAUGAAAGACCAAGAUUGGAGACUCAAGCAACAACACAGAAACGUGAGGCUGAGACACAAGCAGACAUAACUGUAGCCCUGGCAGAGUCCCAGGCUAGGAUUAUAAUAAACAGAGCGAAUGUUGAAGCUGACGCCAUCAUCGACCAAUACACAAAAGAAUCUGAAACUUACAAAAACCUUGUUGGUUCAUCGGGACUUUCACUUACUGCUGAUGGAUUCUUAUCAUAUAUUGGCGUGCGAGCAAUUUCAUCUGCCAAGAAUCCUGUUUAUAUUGGAUUACGAAGUCCAGCCAAAACAUCAUAUGUUACUCCAUAGAUGCUGGUCUGUCUUUGGGUAAUAUUGUAACAUGACUAAAACUGUCACGUCAUCUACAAUAAAUGUUUUAGCCAAUAUGUGGCUGUGGCACGUCAAAACAUGUCCCAGCUGUUGAGUGGACAUUUUUAAUAUAUCGGAAAAUACAGGUUUCAAUUUUGAUAUUUUUAACAAUUUGUGCUUCAUGCAUGACAUGUCAGAUAAUGUUUCAACUGUGAUAUUUUAAACAAUAUGUGCCCCAUCCGAGACAUGUCAGACAAUAUAUGUUUCAGUUGUGAUGUUUUAAACAUGCGCUUCAUCCAAGACAUGUCAGAUAAUGUUUCAAUUGUGAUAUUUUUAACAACAUGUGCUCCAUCU